UCCUCUUCCACCAGCAACAAACCAUUCCCCAAAAACUUCCCAAAUCCGCCUCUCAUCAUCGGCUACCGGAUCCGCAUGGCGGCGACGCGCAAGCCCCGAUCCCAGGCCGCCGCGGCGGGCGACCACCUCCGCUUCCUCCGCCCCGGCGCCCUCGCCCGCCUCCGCGACGCCAGGCUCCGCCGCCGGAAGCCCGCCUCCCGCCCGUCCCCGUCCCCGCCUCCCUCUCCCCUCCCCCCUUCCGCUCCUGCUACCGCGGAGGGGGUCGGCGAGAGCGGCGGGCCCUUCGUGCCCUACUUCGGGUCCGCGUCGAGGCUCCUCUCGCCGCGCUGCCCUCAGCGGAAGAAGCUGACGGCGGCGAAGGGGGUGAAGCUCUUCUCGCCUCCGCCGCCCAGUUCGGACCUGCCCAUCGAGGUGCUAGUGGACUUCCUGAACGCCUCGGACAUGGUGGUCGCCGCCCAUUAAGGAAGGGGAGGAGCGCGUCGUGUUGUAUUAGUCGUGGUAUACUUGUAGAUUCAGGGAUCUAGUCCUCCCUUGUUUAGUUCUGUCUGGUGCUUUACACUUUGUUGUUUACCUUAUUGUCUGUAAUGGUUUGAUAUAUGAAAACAGAUAAAAAGGAAUAGUUCUGCAAAGGAUUGAGUAACUGCAAAAAAGGGGAAUAGAAGCGUCAAUUUUGUGUGCUUUUUGUACUAUCUAUUGUGUGAUUUGUGAAUUGAAGAUACUUAGUUCUGGACUUCUCAA